CUUCCCAUAUAGUCAGUGCUCUCGACCUAAUCCUCCAUCUCUCUUUCUCUCCUCUCUCUCUCUCUUUCUCUCUCCAACCCAUAAGCGAGAAGGCGCAGAGAGUCUAUCGGGACUUGCCCCACCUUUGAUCCCUAAGCAUCUUGGUUUAUGAGCUCGAAGGAGAAACCCACUCUCGGUGGCACGCGGAUUAAGACCCGCAAACGGAAUAUUGCUGCUCCUCUGGACCCUGCAGCAUUUGCUGAUGCAGUGGUCCAGAUAUAUCUGGAUAAUGCUGGUGAUCUGGAACUUGUUGCUAAGUCCAUUGAAUCCUCAGAUCUCAACUUCUCAAGAUACGGUGACACUUUCUUUGAGGUUAUCUUCACAGGAGGGCGUACACAACCUGGCACUACCAAGCCUGAUGAGGGGGAGCGCCACCCUUACUCUAUAUUAGAGGGUGAGCCAAAGCGUGAAGUAAUUCUACCAUAUGUAAUCUAUAUACAGAAGAUCCUAAGGAGGAGGCCAUUUCUCAUCAAGAAUCUCGAAAAUGUCAUGCGAAAGUUCCUUCAGUCGCUGGAACUUUUCGAGGAAAAUGAGAGGAAGAAGCUGGCAAUCUUUACGGCGCUUGCAUUCUCCCAAAAACUCUCUGGGCUCCCUCCAGAGACUGUGCUCCAGCCGCUGCUCAAAGACAAUCUUGUGGCAAAAGGGCUAGUCCUCUCCUUCAUCACAGAUUUCUUCAAGGAAUAUCUGAUUGAUAACAGCCUUGAUGAUCUGAUUUCUAUUCUCAAGCGUGGAAAAGUGGAAGACAAUCUUCUGGACUUUUUCCCAACUGCGAAGCGAUCUGCUGAAGGUUUCUCUGAGCAUUUCACCAAGGAAGGGCUUCUACCUCUGGUUGAAUACAAUGAAAAGAAAAUGUUUGAGGUGAAGCUGAAGGAAACCAAAUCUGCAUUGACCUCUCUGAUAGCAGAGGAAGCAGAUGUUUCUGAAGUCAUUGAGACUGUGAAGCAGCGAGUGAGGGAUGCCAAGUUUCCUGAGAUUGAGGUCGUGCGGAUGCUUUGGGAUGUUAUCAUGGAUGCUGUUCAGUGGUCAGGGAAGAAUCAACAGCAGAAUGCUAAUUCGGCUCUUCGUCAGGUAAAGACGUGGGCAAAACUUCUCAAUACUUUCUGUACUAAUGGGAAGCUCGAGCUGGAGCUGAUGUACAAGAUACAGAUUCAAUGCUAUGAGGAUACCAAGCUGAUGAAGCUGUUCCCUGAGAUCGUGAGAUCUCUAUAUGACCUGGAUGUGCUCGUAGAGGACACCAUCCUUCACUGGUUUCGCAAAGGAACCAACCCUAAGGGCAGGCAAAUUUUUGUGAAGGCCCUGGAGCCAUUUGUGAAUUGGCUUGAAGAAGCAGAAGAGGAAGAUUAGGUGUAGCUGAUGAUGCUCUAACCGAUCCUCUCUGCCUUUUCGCUUGGUUUGUGUCGUUGAAGUUGCAUGUGUUUUGCUUACUUUACCAUCUAGAGAGUAUGCGUGCUGGCUUGGCUUGUGAUAAUGAUGAUAAUGAUUUCGCCUCUUGGAACAAAUAAUUUCACUCUGCGGUGUUUAAAUUUCUAGUUCUUGACUUUGGUGAUUGAUUCCACUGGAAAAGUUUGGCUCGUUUGAAUCGGGAAUGACCAGCACUAGAAAGUCGAUCCCA